UUGGUGAGGAUGAGGAUGAGGAUGAAGAGGACGUUAUUGCAAUUGACUUAGCACUCCCAGCUGUUGCUGUUGAUGGCCCUCCUAGCUGUUACGACCAGCAAGAAAUGUUACGGUCAUGUGGAACUAGAGGGACACGUGAAAUUAUGUUAAAAUUGCAGUGCAGUCUUGGACAAUAUAUUUAUAUAAAUAGUGCCAGUUAUGGUCGCGCUGCUGAUGACGUGGGAUGUGACAUAGAAACCCCUUUAGCUGCUGAUGAAUGCGUGUCCGAGUCAUCUCCCCAAGCAAUAAGUUCACUGUGUAAUGGAAGGCAAACAUGCACUGUGCCAUUUGGAACAAAAUUCCAUGGCGGGAAUCCUUGCCCAGGACAAACAAGAUUCCUCUCUGUUGAUUUUAGUUGUGCUAAUGAAUGCGAAGAGGCAGCACCAGCACUGAUGGAGGAAAUUAACCUUUGCGAUAAUAAUCCAUGCAUUAACGGAGUGUGUAUUCAACUUGAAGAUAGUUAUGAGUGUCAAUGUAACGAUGACUUCACGGGAAGAAAUUGUGAAACACCCAUCCUCAAACCCUGUCAUUCAAAUCCAUGUGCAAAUGACGGCGAAUGUGUUGAUAAUUCGCAUAGUUAUGCAUGUAAUUGUGUGACUGGAUACGAAGGACAUAACUGUGAAACAGAAAUAUCUAAACCAUGUGACUCAAAUCCAUGUGAAAAUAGUGGUGAAUGUGUUGAUAAUUUGUCCACUUAUGCGUGUAAUUGUGCAACUGGAUAUGAAGGUCGUAAUUGUGAAAAAGAAAUACCCAAACCCUGUGACUCAAAUCCAUGUGCAAAUAACGGUGAAUGUGUUGAUAAUAUUAUGGAUAGUUAUAAGUGUAAUUGUGUUGAUGGAUAUGAAGGUCUUAAUUGUGAAAUAGCGAUACCUAAACCUUGUGAGCCUAAUCCGUGUGAAAAUGGAGCACAAUGUGUAGAUUUGGAUGAUAUAUACACGUGUGAUUGCAUGGAUGGAUAUGAAGGCCCGAACUGUGAAACAGCUAUACCAAGACCAUGCGAGCCAAAUCCAUGCGCAAAUGGUGGACGAUGUGUUAGUGAUGGUGCCGAGUAUACGUGUGAGUGCCUUAGUGAAUACGAAGGUCCGAACUGUGAGAUAACUAUACCAAGACCGUGCGAACCAAAUCCAUGCACAAAUGGCGGACAAUGUAUUGGCGAGGGCGCCGAAUACACGUGCGAAUGUCCAACUGGAUACGAAGGUUCUAACUGUGAGAUAGAUCCCGACGACUGUGCACCUGGUGUAUGUCAGAAUGAUGGCACUUGUCAUGAUGGCGUCGGUACCUAUAUAUGUGAAUGUCAAAUAGGAUUUGAUGGGAAUGACUGCAGUAAUAAUAUUGAUGAUUGUAAACCAGAGUAUUGCCAUAAUGGCGGUACUUGUGUCGAUGGUAUAAACACAUACUCUUGUCAAUGUGCAGAAGGAUUUACUGGAAAUUAUUGCAGAACAAACAUAGAUGACUGCAAUCCUAACAAUUGUCUUAAUGGUGGCGCAUGCGUGGACGGCAUAGCGUCUUACACGUGUCAGUGUGUUGAAGGAUUUACUGGGUUGACCUGUGAAGAAAAUAUCGAUGAUUGUGUAAACAGUCCAUGUGUGAAUGGCGAAUGCCGAGAUAGCGUUAAUGAUUAUACGUGCGUCUGCCAAGAAGGUUACAGCGGGAAAAACUGCGAUGAAGAUAUUGACGACUGUGAAAACCAGAUAUGUGAAAAUGGUGAAUGUCAGGAUCAGGUGAACGGAUUUAUAUGUUCUUGUUCUCAGGGAUUCACUGGAAUACUGUGCGAGACGGAUAUAAAUAAUUGUGAAGUCCACAAUUGCGUUCAUGGAUCAUGCGUCAUGGAGUUAACAGCCACAGCUGCUCUUGUGACGUCGGUUACACUGGAAUUAACUGUGAAGAAAAUAUUGACGAUUGUGAAUUGAAUGUUUGCCAACAUGGAACUUGUAUUGAUGAUAUUAAUAGUUACAGAUGUAGUUGUGAAGAUGGUUAUGCAGGAGAACAUUGUGAAGUCGAUAUUAAUGACUGUGAACCAAAUCCAUGCCAAAACGGUGGAGUUUGUACUGAUGGUGUGAACAUGUUUUCAUGUAAUUGUCCGGAUGGUUACCAGGGGUCACUCUGCGGAGGAGAUACGGACGAGUGUAGUACUUCACCAUGU